AAUAAUAUUGAAAAUGUUUCAAAAUUAUCUCAAAGAUGAAGAGAUGAAUAAGCUCUCGUUUAAAAGAAGUUCACGAAAGAAUAGAAAUUUAGGUGGUCUGAAGCUCUUACUGCAAGGUAGCAAUCCAGAUCAAAUAGACUUAAGAAUAUUAGACAAUAAAUUGAAAUUUGUCUUCUCUCCUGCUAAAGCCUACAAAAAAAUAUAAAUCGCGAUAGAAACUACCUCUCCUGUCGAAAGAAAGCAAAGAUAGUAUCUCCUCAAAAUCUGACCAACAACCCUCAGCAGGCUGCUAGAGCUCUACAGAGAAAUGGUUUAAGGUACUUACAGAGUAUAAUGGCAAAAAGAAUAAGAAAACCAUGAAUGGUAGACUUAUUCUGCAGUCAGUUGUUUCUUUAACAAUUAUUUCACUUUUAAUUUAUUCAAAAGGAAUAAGGAGAUUCAUCAAAAUACAAUAUUGGUCCCUAAGAACACAACUGAUGAGGAUGAUAUCCAGCAGCAGAUGAGUAAGAACUCACUCAAUGUCAAGAGGAUUGUGACCAAAGAACCUCCAUCUCUAUUUGGAAAUGUUUCCAAGAUUCGAAUGUUCUCUCCAAACGUGACUGGAACUUUUAACAACAAAAUACUCAAGAGGAACCUUAAGAAUACCUCAAAAUAGCAGAGAUCUGCACAAUAAAUUCUUCCAGACAGAGUUUUACUCUCGGAAGGAUAGAUGCGAAAUCUGGAAACAGAUUCCAAUUAAAAAUAUGAUGAUGAAAUAAGAACAAAAGAGAAGCACAAAUUAAUUUAAAUAUCUUGAAGAAUCCAGAAACAGGCGAAAAAGCUGAUGACUGACUACAAGUAUUUAUGAGUCCGAAAAUUCAGAAGAGACCAAGUACUUGUGCUAAGGCUACUCAGAAAGAAGCUAAUAUUCAACAAACAGAGAAGGUGCCAAGGAAGAGCAUAGAGAAUAUUAAUUCUUUGCAAAAGUCAUUCAGUGACGCAAACAUUCCAAUAGUCCACAAAAGAGGGAAAAGCAAGCCUAUAAUAAAGGACUUUAAGAAUCUUUCGAGAAUGAGAAAACAACAAGGAAAUAUGAAUUUUAGAAAAUACUUGAAAAAAAUAAAAUCUCAACAUAAAAAAUCGAGGGUAAUCAAGAGCAUGAAUCAGACAGGAUUUAACACUUGUCUGAAACUUAAAGAGAAGAAGUCAAUAUCUCCUUGAAAUAUAGUGAGAGAAUCCCAUGGCCAUUGUAAACAGGUCUUCUCAAGGGAUAUCACUGGCUUAUCGACCCAAGAGUUAUUCAAUGAUAUAUUUUGUUACUCUAAACCUUAA